CCCAAAACAUGGUAUCUGAUGCAUGGUGCAUGGUACCUGGUGUCCAAAGCAUGGUACCUAGUGCCCAAAACAUGGUACCUGGUGCAUGGUGCAUGAUAUCUGGUGCCCAAAACGUGGUACCUGGUGCCCAAAGCACGGUACCCACUGCAUGGUGCCUGGUACCCGGUGCCCGUUCCCACGCGGUGCUGCACGGCCGUGCCGGAUGGGGAGCGCUCGGUGUGGCCGCGCAGGAGGCGUUUCCCAGCCCCACGCUGGCUGGAGGCCAAGGCUCCCAAAUGAGCCUCCUUGCACCACACCGUGCGCUGGGAGCUCCCACUCACACCUCCCCGGUAUAAAACGCCGCAACAGCGCAGCGCGCGCACAGCCGGGACAGCCCUCGCAGCAGCACCUCAAGACCCCCCAGAGCAAAGGGACUGCAGACCCCACAGGAGGAGCAGCAUGGGCCAGUGCAACUGCCGCAAGAAGCGCAAGGACAGCCAGGAGCUCACCGAUGUGGAGCGCGCCAUCGAGACCGUCAUCAACCAGUUCCACUGCUACGCUGUGAAAGGGCAGAAGGAGUACCUGACCCCCAACGAGAUGCGGGAGCUGGUGGUGCAGAAGCUGCCCCAUUUGGGGAAGUGCGUUGGACCCCUGGAUGAGAAGAUCGAGUGCAUGGGAGACCCUGAUGAGGCCAAACUGGAGUUCGGGGAGUACUGGGACAUGAUGGGGGAUGCAGCCAAGGGCUGUCGGAGGAAGUAGGGCCCAGGGGGGGUGGGAAGGCGCCGCUUCGGCCCCACGCCACGAGGAGCUCCUCAGCCCCGCAGCGCCGCAGCGAGAGGGACUUUGCUCCUUUCCCCCAAACCCCUCUGAUGUGGGGCUCCGGAUCAGCACCGAUGACACCGUCAGUGGUUUGGGGGUGUUUUCUGCCCCCCCUCUCCUCCGUCCUGGUGACCGCAGUCCCUGCACGGGUGUGGGGUCCCCGUGCCCCCUCUGAUGGCUGCGCUCGGGGUGGACCGGUGGCGGGAUGUCAGCUGCUUGCGGCACGUGCAACCGUUUUUGUAUAAA